AUGGGUAACAAGUCGUCAUUAUUGCUGCGAGAAGAAGAAAUAGCUCAAAUUCAAGAAGAAACAGGAUUUACACCAAAUCAAAUUGAAAGGCUUUAUUCUCGGUUUACAUCUCUUGACAAGAAUGACUGUGGAACACUCUCCAGAGAUGACUUUUUGAGGAUUCCAGAACUAGCCAUCAACCCAUUGAGCGAGAGGAUUGUACAUAGUUUCUUUGCUGAAAGUCAUGAUGACAGAGUGAAUUUUUUGCAAUUCAUGAGGGUGCUAGCGCAUUUCAGGCCUAUUCGGAAGAACAGACAAAAUAAAUUGAACAGUAGAGAAGAAAAACUGAGAUUUGCCUUCUCUAUGUAUGACCUGGAUAAUGAUGGCAAAAUCUCCAGAGAUGAAUUACUUGCUAUUUUACACAUGAUGGUUGGAGCAAACAUCAGUGAAGAGCAGCUUACUAGCAUUGCAGAGCGCACUAUCCUUGAAGCUGAUACAAAUAAUGACCAGAUGAUCUGCUUUGAAGAGUUUUGUCACGCACUGGAGAGAACUGAUGUUGAACAGAAGAUGUCCAUCCGGUUUCUCAAUUGA